GCGAGGCUGGGGAGCGCUGAGCCGCGCGUCGUGCCCUGCGCUGCCCAGACUAGCGAACAAUACAGGUACGACUCGCACCGCCCUCGCCCGCCGCCGCCGCUCCUGCAGCUGCAGCGGCGCCCGCACAACUUUCCGCCCGCGCCUCCGCGAGCGCGCCGCUACCACUCUGGCUGUCUCCACUCCCGCGUCCUUGCCGCCCCCUCUCCUUCUCUGCUGCUAGGUGGCCAAGAAGGAAGACGCAAUUCAGGUGCCUCAACUUUUCCAGUGCCUGCGCUCCAGCCUGCUGCUUCUCAGGUCUCGGCCCUCUACGUGGAGCCGCGCUCGGCGGGCGCCCCCAGGGGCAGCAGCCUGGCGGCUCGGCAGCCCCUGGCCAGAUGUUCCGCAGCUGCGGUAGCGUGGCGAGCGAGAGGCGGCUGCGGGCUCUGGCGGCGCGCGUCCCGGCGACGGCGGGAAGGGUGCUGGGCGCGCCCCAGCCCGGGAGCGACUCCGCAGGGAGCGGCCGUGCGGCUGGGGACAGAGGCGCGGGCAAAGUUCGCGGGAAGGCCGGGCCGGACACGUCAGGAUGGCUAAAGGUGACCCCAAGAAACCAAAGGGCAAGAUGUCUGCUUAUGCCUUCUUUGUGCAGACAUGCAGGGAAGAACAUAAGAAGAAAAACCCAGAGGUUCCCGUCAAUUUUGCUGAGUUCUCCAAGAAGUGCUCGGAGAGGUGGAAGACCAUGUCUAGCAAAGAGAAAUCAAAGUUUGAUGAAAUGGCAAAGGCAGAUAAAGUCCGAUAUGAUCGGGAGAUGAAAGAUUAUGGACCAGCUAAAGGAGGCAAGAAGAAGAAGGACCCAAAUGCCCCCAAAAGACCUCCGUCUGGAUUUUUCUUAUUCUGCUCUGAAUUCCGCCCCAAGAUCAAAUCCACAAACCCUGGCAUCUCCAUUGGAGAUGUGGCAAAAAAGCUGGGUGAGAUGUGGAAUAACUUAAGUGACAAUGAAAAGCAGCCUUAUGUCACCAAGGCAGCAAAGCUGAAGGAGAAGUAUGAGAAGGAUGUUGCUGACUAUAAGUCUAAAGGGAAGUUUGAUGGUGCCAAGGGUCCUGCUAAAGUUGCCCGGAAAAAGGUGGAAGAAGAGGAAGAGGAGGAGGAAGAGGAAGAAGAGGAGGAGGAAGAGGAGGAAGAUGAAUAAAAGCUCUGUCUCCUUGUGAAUACCUUAGAGUAGGAGAGCGCUGUGAUUGACACAUCUCUUAUUUGAGUCGUGUCUAUUGCCCUUGUUAGGUUUAAUUACAAAAUUUGAUCACGAUCAUAUUGUAGUUUCUCAAAGUGUCAGUGGUUUACAUGAAGUGGCCGUGGGUGUCCGGAGCGCCCUGAAACUGUAUCAAAGUUGUACAUAGCUCCAAACAUUUUUAAAAUGAAAAGGCACUCUCGCGUCCUCCUCACUCAGUGCACUUUGCUGUUGGUGUGACAAGGCAUUUGAAGAUGUUUCUGGCAUUUUGUUCUCAACUCGUAAGGUAGUGUUAACUAUAUGGUUAUUGGCUAGCAAUCCUGAGUUGUCAACUGUACAUAUCUAUAGUUUGUAAAGAGAAUGAAACAACCCAGACAGAUUCUUGAUGCUCCUUGUUUGGCGUGGAGGCUGUGAGGGGAAGAUGCCUUUUGGAGGGGGCCGUAGCUCAGGGCGUGCACUGUGAGGCUGGACCUGUUGAUACUGCGGUGGGCAUCCAUUUAGCUUCAGGUUGUCCUGUGUUUGUAUAUAGUGGCAUAGCAUUCUGCUGACAUUCUUAGUUGUGGAAAGGGGGGAGGGGUCGGCCGGCAUGAGAAGUGUUUGGAGUUUUUUCUUUAGUUAAGUGCAGUAGGUUUGAAACUUUUUAAAGAAACUGUAGGACUCAUCAUUGUCAGCAAAGCAAAGAACUACUGCAUCAAUGGAAGUUCAAGAACCCUCUGGACCUAAACGCAAUUUGCAACAUUCUGUUAUUUUUUGUAUGUUUAGAAUGCUGAAAUGUUUUUGAAGUUAAAUAAACAGUAUUACAUUUUUAAAACUGU